CGACUUCCCUGUUCUGGACCUACCUGUCAGCUGUGUCAGCUUGUCCGUGUACAAUACACUGUAGAAACUUCUCUAUUGUUUGUGACUUCAAACUUUAAAAUUCAGGGACUGAAUUUUUCAUAUUCUGCAGCUGGGCUUUCUGGUACUGGAAAAUAGUGAAAAUAGCGGCAGAUUGGAGUGAAGAUAAGUUUUAUUUUGUCUACUGGAUCCGCGUCAAUCGUUAAAAUACCGUACCUGUUGAUGGCCAUCAGGAUAGGAAUGGAUGUUGGAUAAUAAGAAUUGUGUUUACCAAAAUGGAACCGUCGACUGUCGACGCUUUUGCAUUGCUUUCUUAAAAUGCUGCUGAAGCCUCAUGUCUCAAAGUCAGAAGCCCGAUGUUCGACAUAAACGCGGUAGCUGGAACAAAAACGUCCCAAACGUAAAUACUUGUUCAGUAUGUGGCCAGAAUCCAACUCGGAAUUCAUCUGGAACGUCGGACCUGAUGGUAUUAUGUGAAGGACCUCUCUGUAAAGGUAAACCUGGGUCAUACGCUAGAAGUGGCUGGGUGCAUGCGCGCUGUAUUAAUCUCCAUACAGUGCAAGAAAUAAACCUGGCUCCUCCGCAUUUUUGUCCGCUUUGUCGAGACAUUAAGGCACAAAUCGCGCCACUGCCAAGCAGCGAGUUUCAGAGUUCAUCAGUUCCAGCUGUGAAAAGCAGUCCUUCUGCUUCCCAGCCGUUUGGCGCGUCUUCUGCGGAUGGUGUCUGUUCGGUGGUUCAUGUGCCAAAAGACACGAUUUCAACACAGGCCGGAAUUUCCGUAUCCACUCAGGAGGUGAUCGCAAGUGUUGGGGAAUCCAGUGCAGAUUAUCAAAAAACCGAUAUUGUGACCUCAGGUGCGGAAAGCGUUAAAAUGGAUCCGGCAAAUCGCUCACAAACGACUCGGCCACCAUCUGUUGAUCCUUCUCUGUACAGUCGGCGGUUAUCGCGAGAGGACGUUGAGAAAGUCAUUGGGUUUAUCUCAUCGGAUAGUAGCGACGAAGAAGACGAUCACGAUGAUACCGUUAAAAAAGCGCGUAUGGAUUCGGAUUCACCGAUGGAAAAGACUGAGGAUUGUACUGUCAAAGAGAAAGUGGCGGAUCCGAAUGAGGAACGAUUGGUCAGUUUCCCGUCCCCUAAAAUUUCUGGGGAGAUGAAGGUUGAGGAGCCAUGUUCAUCCACAGCUAGCUCGGCACCUCAUACAAAGUUCGUGCGAGCAAGAGGCAAAUUGGCUUCCCACUCUAGGCAGCUGAAAAGAGCCGUUUCCCGAGAGAGUUCGGUCAAUGGUACUGGUGGACCUGAAAUAUCCUCCAUGGAUUCUGGUGAAUGCAGCACGGCCGGUAAAUCAGACAUGGAUGAUAGUGUUUUCUUGGAAGAAGUUGCUGUUCCGACUCGUCCAUCGUCCAGCCCUGCUUCCAGCGGGGAAGUGCGUGUUGUCGCGUCGGAAAUGGUAUUUGUGGAUAAUGUCGCUGUCGCCCUUGUGUCUCUUCAGGAAACAACCGCUGAAUGUGUUGUUGAGGACUCGGUUACGUUUGAAAGUAUAAUGGCCAAUCCAGAUUCGGCGGACGAUGUUCGGAAGUUUCUGGAGCAGUGCCCGGAGCUAAGCAUCAGUGAUUUGGAAACCAACAUCAACCAUAACAAACAGUUGAAACAGCAGGUCGAAAUCGCACGCAAAAGUCUGCUCUUGGACGAUCCACAAGCGCCGAACGACCGUCAGGAUGGCUCAGUUGGGUGACUGAAAUGAUUGUGAUUUUGGCUAAACUGGCUCCUACCUCCAGGACAGUAGCACCUUUAGUUGAUUUCAUCAUUUGUUGCAGUAUUUGAGACGAAUCUGUAUUUGUUGAUAUCUCCUUGGCCUUGUCAAAUGCUCCAAAUUUGGUAAUGAUGAUCUCGAAAAUUGUACAGAGCUUUAGUUUUGAUACUUUUGUUGUUGUUUGUUAGCACGUAUUUACUUUUGGUUGAAUGAUUGAUUUAUGAGCUGAUUGAUUGUUAUGGUUGGAGAUGCUUGUGAAUUGUGAUGGCAAAAAUUCAUGGUGUCAGCAAAACGGCUUCUGUGUGUUUCU